ACCUGGAAAUACCUUAGACUUGAGGACAAGAGACUCCUUACAAAAACGUUUAGAAAACCAACUGCAGCUAAUACCUUAUUAGAGGCCAGAAGUUAUCAUCCACGUUCACUGAUUUCAGGAAUCCCGGUAGGACAGUUCCUGAUAUGUCGGAGAAACUGUUCAAAUAUUAAUGAUUUUAGGAUGGAAGCGCAGGACCUCUAUAAAAGGUUUAGAGAACAGGGAUAUUCUCACUCUCAAAUUAGAAAAGCUCGGAGACGGGCAUAUCAAACUGACCAGAAGAGUCUAUUGUCCCUAAAAAAAGAUGAGAAGGUUAAAUUAAGUGAGCAACCUGUUAGAAUGAUAACUCAAUUUGGAGCUCAAUGGAAGGCUGUGAAACAAAUAUUAGAAAAGCAUUGGAAGAUUUUAACCCAAUGCCCCAAAUUGAGUAAAAUUGUAGGUGAGCGCCCCAAAUGGUAGCAAGAAGAGCACCAAAUCUUGGUGACCUCUUUAUUCAAACCGUUAUCAACCGACUAUCAACCAUUAAAACAAACAACAUGGUUGAAAUCACGUACUAAAGGGAUGUAUAAAUGUGGAAAAUGUCAGAUCUGUAAAUUUGUGGAUCGUACAGAUUCUUUCUGUGAUUCAAAAAAUAGCACUCACUAUAAAAUUCAAAGUCUCAUAAAUUGUUCUACAGUAAGAGUAUUAUAUAUACUGACUUGUCCCUGUAAAAAGAUGUAUAUUGGUAAGACUAAAAGACAACUUAAAGUACGA